AUGCUAGAUAAUCUAGUGGAUAAAGCGCAAUCUGCAUUUGUGCCGGGAAGAUUAAUUUUGGAUAACAUCCUUACUGCUAAAGAGUUAAUCCAUUCGAUGAACCAAUAUACUUCUUCUGUCUUAGGAGAUUUUGCUCUAAAAAUUGAUAUUAGUAAAGCUUAUGAUAGAGUGUCAAGGAUUUUCCUAGGACAGUGUCUUAGAGCUUAUGGUAUAACUAGUGACACUUAUAAGCUCAUAAUGAAUUGUGUUGCCACAGCUUCUUUAUCCAUUAUUGUACGGAACUCCGAAAAGACAUUUUAUAAGUGGGAGAGGUCUGAGACAGGGAUGCCCUCUCUCACCUUACCUGUUUAUUUUAUAUGCUCAGGGACUCUCAUGGAUGAUUCGCAUAAUGGAAGCCAAUAG